GGCAGCGCAGCCUGAUGACGUCACGGACAGCGCCGCGCCCCGCUCCUCCCCCGGCCGGGUCCUGGCCCCGGGAAAGGCCGCUGGGGUUCUGGCCCGCUCCACCCCUUAACCUGGGAGGUCCAGGGGCGCCUGCGCGGAAAAGUCGCCGGGAAAAGGCUGCGAAAGCAAAAACUAAGAACAAGUUCCGAGAGGCAGAUGGUAACCUGGUUGAGGGCAAGAACCCAGGGUUCUUAUUCCCUGCUGUAUCCCCAACAUCCAGCCUAUGGGACAUCUCAACAGAUUUUGAACGAAGGACGGGAGGAAAGAAGGAGUGCCGCCCAUAGCAUCUUACCAUAUGGACACAGAUGGCUCUCCAUCCCAAACCUCUCUUCUGAUUUUCAGGCCAUUAUGGCCAAACGUCUGUUGGACAUCCUCACUCAGUCACCUCAAACCCCAUGAAUUCAAAUUUCACCUUAUGUUCUCCCAUCAGCUCACUUUUUUCCUGGUGAAGUGCGCUGCCAUCCAUCCUGUUGAUCCAGCUAGAAAUCUGAGGAGUCUCCCUCUUCUUCAUACACCAAAGCUUCUCAUACACUUAAUUGAGUUUAUCUCCUAAUUGUCUUUCAAAUCCAUCCAUUCACUCCCAUCCCCAUUGCCACAAUUCAUGCACUCACUCCGACUCAGCAGAAUUUCUCCAGUAAUCUCCAAACCCCCGUGACUCUCCAGUUGUGAUCCCUCUAAUGCGUUCUUCACAAAACUAAAGUGAUUUUUUAAAUUUUCAACACCUAUGAAAAGAAGGGAAUUUAAAAUUAAUUAAUUAAACCUGAUCCUGUCACAACCCAUCAGUGAUUAAAAUCCAUCAAUGAUGUCCUAUUGCUCUUAGAAUAAAGCUAAUGUCUUUAAAAUGGC